UGAACACGUCUUUGUUGUCAGCGCGCCAAAUCGAGAGGCGUUUAUAUUUGAUACCUCAUUAUCACCGCUCAUCAUUGUCUACAUCGUCAAACUAGCGCUUGGGCUUGCAUUAUACUACAUAUCAUCCAGCUUGCUAUUUCCAUUGACUACACCAUGAUCAGACGCACGCCUACCAUGAUUCCAAUGUCAGAUGCCGAUGUCCAAGAAAUCCGAGACCUCGUGGUAGACCAAAAGUCUCGCUUCGAGGCCAAGCAAAAGACCCUCCUCGCAAUGAAAAAAGUGGCUGAACAUCCAAUCCAGCCAAACGACCCAGAGACCUUGCCGUGGUUCCAGCUAUUGGUAGCUGAGAGGAAUAGACGGCUCGGUAUACCUGCCCCGAGCACAGCUAUUCAUGGGCCGAGCACCGGUCCGAGCACAUCAGGAUCCAGUUGAUAUACACGCGAGGUAAAAUACAGAUGAAGCGGUGCUAGACGCAGUAGACCAAAGUACGAAAUAACAUGACACAUCAGGGCACGGAUCGUCGGGAGUCGGCUUGUCAGGGCCCGCUUUCAAACGCAUUCCUGAAUCCUGUACAUCACGGUGUCAUCAGCCCCAUAUCAGAAACGUCAGACAAUAUCCCCAAACUUACCAUCAAGGUUUCUCCUAUCACA